GCGGAGCAGAGCCCCGCGGCCGGGGGCUUCCUCAGCAACCUCGCUCGCCUCUCCCGCCGGUGCCGCCCCCGCAGCGCCAUGGAUCACCAGCCCAAGUUCUUCGAGAAUCUCUCCGGCACCGGGAAGGCCAUCGCGGUGCUGACCAGCGGCGGCGAUGCCCAAGGUAUGAACGCUGCUGUGCGCGCAGUAGUACGCAUGGGAAUCUAUGUAAAAGCCAAAGUGUAUUUUAUUUAUGAGGGUUACCAGGGAAUGGUUGAUGGAGGUGAUAAUAUUGUAGAAGUUUCAUGGGAAAGUGUUUCAAGUAUCCUGCAAGUGGGUGGUACAGUUAUUGGUAGUGCACGCUGCAAAUCCUUUCGUACCCGGGAGGGCCGUCUGCAGGCAGCCUGCAACUUGGUUCAGAGAGGAAUCACUAAUCUUUGUGUGAUUGGUGGAGAUGGUAGUUUAACUGGUGCCAAUCUGUUCCGUGAAGAAUGGAGUGGACUUCUAGAAGAACUGGCACAGAAAGGAAAGAUUGAUCGAGAGGCUGUUAAGAAAUAUGCUUACCUUAACAUUGUGGGAAUGGUUGGAUCCAUAGACAAUGACUUCUGUGGCACUGAUAUGACCAUAGGAACUGACUCAGCCUUGCACAGAAUCAUUGAAGUUGUGGAUGCCAUCAUGACCACUGCUCAAAGCCAUCAGAGGACAUUUGUUCUGGAGGUAAUGGGUAGACACUGUGGGUAUCUAGCUCUUGUUAGUGCCUUAGCCUGUGGUGCAGAUUGGGUGUUUAUUCCUGAAUAUCCACCAGAAGAAGGAUGGGAAGAUUCAAUGUGUGUUAAGCUUUCAGAGAAUCGUGCACGAAAGAAAAGGCUGAAUAUUAUUAUUGUAGCUGAAGGAGCUAUUGAUUGCCACAACAAACCUAUAACAUCAGAGAAGGUUAAGGAUCUUGUGGUUCAGCGACUUGGCUUUGACACCCGAGUAACUAUCUUGGGUCAUGUGCAAAGAGGUGGAACCCCUUCAGCUUUUGACAGAAUUUUGGCAAGUCGUAUGGGCGUGGAAGCUGUGCUUGCCCUUUUAGAAGCUACUCCAGCUACCCCUGCCUGUGUCGUGUCCCUGUCUGGAAACCAGGCUGUCCGUCUGCCGUUGAUGGAAUGUGUACAGAUGACUCAAGAAGUCCAGAAAGCAAUGGAUGAGGGAAGAUUUGUUGAGGCUGUGAGACUCCGUGGAAGGAGCUUUGAAAACAACCUUAACACCUACAAAUUACUGUCACACAAAAAACCAGAUGCUGAGCUUCCAAAGGUAAGGAGUAAUUUUAAUGUGGCAGUUUUAAAUGUUGGUGCCCCUGCAGCUGGAAUGAAUGCUGCAGUGAGGGCUGCAGUGAGAGUUGGCAUAACUGAAGGCCAUAAAAUGUUUGCUGUCAUUGAUGGAUUUGAAGGUUUUUCUAGAGGGAAGAUAAAGGAAAUCAGCUGGGGAGAUGUUGGAGGCUGGACUGGUCAAGGAGGAUCAAUUCUUGGUACAAAACGUACGCUUCCUGCAAAAUAUUUGGAGAAGAUUGCUGACCAGAUGCGCACUAACAACAUUAACGCCCUUAUGGUUAUUGGUGGAUUUGAGGCCUAUGAGAGUUGUCUGCAGCUACACGAGGCACGUUCCUGCUAUGAGGAGUUUUGCGUACCUAUCUGUGUGUUGCCUGCUACUAUUAGCAACAAUGUGCCAGGCACAGACUUUAGCAUUGGUGCUGACACUGCCUUGAAUGCUAUUGUGGAGACGUGUGAUCGCAUCAAACAAUCAGCCAGUGGGACCAAGCGGCGUGUGUUCAUCAUUGAGACCAUGGGUGGUUACUGUGGUUAUCUGGCUAACAUGGGGGCCCUUGCAGCAGGGGCAGAUGCUGCCUACAUCUUUGAAGAACAGUUUGAUAUUCGGGAGCUCCAGGCUAAUGUGGAACACUUGACUGAAAAAAUGAAGACCAGUAUCCAGCGUGGUCUAGUGCUGAGAAAUGAGAACUGCAAUGAGAACUACACAACUGACUUCAUUUACCAGCUGUAUUCUGAAGAAGGAAAAGGAGUGUUUGACUGUCGCAAAAAUGUAUUGGGCCACAUGCAACAGGGUGGUGCACCUUCACCAUUUGAUAGAAACUUUGGGACAAAGAUUUCUGCAAAAGCUAUGCAAUGGAUCUCCAAAAAACUGAAAGAAACCUACCGGAAAGGAAAAAUAUUUGCCAAUACUGAUGACUCAGUGUGUUUGCUGGGAAUGCGUAGACGCAACCUUGUUUUCCAACCCGUGGCUGAGCUGAAGACUGAAACAGACUUUGUACACAGAAUUCCCAAGGAGCAAUGGUGGCUGAAGCUGCGACCACUGAUGAAAAUCCUGGCCAAGUACAAGACUAGUUACGAUGUGUCAGAUUCCGGCCAGCUGGAGCAUGUUGCCAUGCACAGCCAAAAGGAAGUAGAAACUGGAACCAUCUGAACACAUCACUUCUAGAUUAUUAUAAUAGAUGCACAUUGUGAGUAACAAUGCUUUAGAAUCAUUACAGCCUUGUUUUGUAACAUUUAAAUUAUUGUACCAGCACUUUACGUGAAACAAGACAUCCAGUUGUCACACAGAUUUUGUCCUGUAUUUGUGUUAUGUUUGAAGUAAACCCCAGCAUCUAAUGGAUAAGCACCAGUUACUGAUACUACCCUUUAACCAUAAUGCAACACUGCUCUAUGCACUCUGUAAGUUACUUACCUUCUGCACUUUGUUCCAGAGUACUUGCACCCGACAAGUAAGUGUAGAUGGCUAGCUUUGUGUUGAGUUACAGGAUGUGCUUAAUGUAUCUGAAGUGAAAUAAAGUACUGUUGCAAACAUCA